ACACACACACAACCAGUAAUAAACAUAAUGUAUUUAUAACUUUCAUUGUAAGUUUUUCAAUGCCUUUGAUUAGAAUAGAGAGGACAGAAGAUAGUCCCAUAUUUUGACAUUUAUUGGUAUCUUUCUAUCUAUGCAUUUGCUUUUAUGCUCAAAAUGUUCUGUGAGAAAAGAAAAGUUUUCCAUCCUCCCUGUACAGGAUUCUUCUCCAGUAUGCAUACUAUCAUGAAUCUGAAAGGAAUUGAGAUGUUUCAAGGCUUUCUCAAAUUCCUUCUUUUCAUAGGGCUUCCCUCCAGUAUAAGUUAUUUCUUGUAUUUGAAACUGAGCAAAAGUAGAGAAGGCUUUACCAUACUAUGUCAUAAUGCUUAUGUCAGUGAAUUCUUUUUUAUUCAGAAUUGAACUGGCACUAUAAAGUCCCAUCUCACAUAACUCACAUUCACACGGGUUAGUGCCAGUGUGUAACCACAUUUGUUUUAAUUCUUAUAAGAGAAGUGCUUUCCCAUAUUUCCUAUAAUUACAGGAUUCCUUUCCACUUCCAAUUCCUGCCUGCUUUAAAAACAAACUGGCAGAAUCAAUAGCUUCUCCUCAUACCUAGCAUUCAUAAUCUUCAACUAAAUCCAAGAGGAGUAAAGUCAUUCCAUGUUGCCUGCUUUUAUUAAUAGGGUUCAACAACAGUGAGCCUUUCCUGCAUGUGAAUGUAAUUGAAAUAAUACGUUUUAUUAUAUUGCCAUUCAUUUUAUUUCUUUCCAGGGUCUGUUAUUCCAUGUAUUUGAAAGGAAUUAAGAGCAUGAAAGUAGUCUUCACAUACUAGAUACUUGUAAGGCCUGUGUCUAGUGUGCAUUGUCAAACAUAUUUGAAAGUUUAGACCAAUUAAAAUUUCUUCGUAUUUCUUUCACUAGUAGAACUUAUUUCAGGAAUGGGCCAUUGUGUUUACCUAAAGAAAGAGCCAGGAAAGCUUUCUUACAUUCCUCUCAUCCAUAGGAGUUCUCCCCAUCAAUUCCUGUGCUCAAAAGAAAUUUGAAUGUGUCCAGGCUUUCCAGGAUUGGUUACAUUCAUGUUUGGCUCCACGGUGAGUCUUUUCAUGCACUUGAAAAGAAGCAGAAUCCUUGAAAGCUUUCACACAUUGCUUACACCCACAAGCUUUCACACUAGUGAAUAUAUUAAAAAUGGGGGGGGGACCAGAAUGAGCCAAGGCUUUGACACACAGAUGAAGGUCAUAGUUUUCUAUCCAGUGAGGAUCCUUUCAUGGACUUAAGAAGAGUAAGAAUCCAUGAAGACUUUCCCGUAUUCCUUUCCACAUUCUUACCAUGCUGAUUUUAUUUUUUUGGACUUUCUCUCCAGUGUGAAUUAUUUCACAGACUUGAUAAGGUCCACAAUUCCUGAAAGCUUUUCUGUACUGCUUACAUAAACAGACUUUCUCUAAAUUGAGAAUAGUUUCAUGAACUUGAACCAAAAAACCUGAGUCUUCACAUUCCUUACAGUUAUAGAGAUCCAUCUAUAACUGAGUUAUAACUAUUCAUAACUAAGUUUUUUAUUGAGUUCUAAAGGAACUAGAAGAGAUGAUAUGAAAGAGAUUCAUGCUCCAGUUUGAGUCUUUUCAUUGACUCAAAAAGAAUUAAAAUCCCUGAGGACUUUCCCACAUAGUUUACAUUUAUAGGGUUGAUCUCAGCUGUGAAUCCUUCCAUAGAUUCUAAAAGUACUAGAAACCCUGAACACUUUCUGACAUUCCUUAUAUUUAUAGAGUUUCUCUCUAGAGUAAAUAUUUUCGCUAACUUUAAAAGAACUAGGGUCACUAAAGGAGUUCCCAUGUUCUUGACAUUCAUACAGUUUCUCUCACUUAUGAAUCCUGUCAUAUCUUCUAAUGGGCCUAUAACAUGUGAAAACUUCUCCAUGCCAUUUGCACUCAUAGGGUUUCUCUCCUGUGUGAAUCCUUUUAUGGGCUUAAAAAUGACCAGACUGUGCAAAGGCUUUUCCACACCCUAUAAAUUCAUAGGUAAACUAAUUCAUUUAAUCUUUCCAAUGAGAUCCUUCAUGAACUUUCAAAGAACCAAGGUCACUGAAGAAUUUCCCACGUUGUGCACAAUGACACAGUUUCUCUCCAGUGUGAAUCCUUUUAUGACUUCCGGUGGUCCUAAAAUGUGUGGAAGCUGGUCCAUGUUUUUCACAGCAAUAUGGCUUCUCUGCAGUGGGAAUCCUUUCCUGCAUUAGAAAUGAACUGUAACUAAAAAUAUCUCUUCCAUGCAUCUGACAUAAUGUCAGUAUGUCUUGUGUGACUUUUAAGAGAAUUGACUGAUUCUGCACAUUCAUUAAAAUGGUAUGUGUUCUCUGCCCUGUGAUUCCUUUCAUGUCUUGGAAAGCAGUGGUGAUAAGUGAAGCCUUUACCACAUUGUUUAUAGGUAUAUGAUUUGUAUUCAUAUUCUUGAUUCUCAUACUGUUUGUACCAGGUGUCAGUCACUAUGCAGCUCUUAAGAGAUGAGGGACACAUGGAGAGUACUCCAGAAAACUUGCAAUCAUACGGUUUUACUCCAAUGGGAAUCUUCUUGCUAAGACUAAGAUUAGAAAUAUGGGUAAAAAUUUUCCAGAAUACCAAACAUUUUUACUUUCACAAGCUUUCUAUACAUUGCUAUUCACAAAUUAACCAUGUAUCCCAUUUCAUAAGGCAGCUUUCGUGUGCUUUGUAGUCCCACCUAGUCAGGAGGCUCAGGUGAGAGGGUCCCUUGAAGCAAAGAACUUGAGACCAGCCAGGAAAACAUGAGAUCCCAUCUUACAUUUUCUUUCCAGUUUUUACACCAAACUUACAAAUUAUUAUCUUCUAACUUUUUUCUAAGAAAUAUCAAGCUUGUAAAGAUUCCUGACAUCAAUCUCUAUGAAAUUUCUGCUGUGUGGGAUCCAGCAGUGCCCAUUCCUCCUGAGUGAAGUCUACAAACACAUGCUCCAAGGCCACUGAGUCCUUUCCCAGCUUCCAGGGUGUUCUGGAAGCCUCCCCAUAGUUCCCAUGGUCAGUGAAGGUCACGGCUGAACUGUGAGAGGCACCCAGAGUUCUUAUGGGUAGAGGGAGACACAUUAGAAAAAUCAUUUGAUCAGAUGCUGACCUCCAUGCAGUGUAAUGAGAUGAGCAGCACCCCACAAUCCAUUCUUAGAAAGCAACAGUAAUUUUCCUUGUAGGAAAAGGCAUAUAGGGUAGCAUCCUAAGAAAUACAAUCAUGAUUGAAAGAAGAAGGGAGAACUCUUGGCCUGAUACCGGGCUUGAGUGAAAACUGAACACUUGACCAUGGGCCACAAGAUCACCAUGGACCUGCAUUGCUAUCAUGACCUGGGUACUAUCUCAUCCCCCAAGUCAUAUGGUUGGAGAUGCACAGCAAUAGUCUAUCAUUAAAUGGAAGGGAUAUAUGUGUGAUUGACCCAGAUCAAUUCCAGAGGGUACAAGUAAGUUACAUGAGGAAGUUGCCUAGAUGCCUAUGGCUCCUAUGCCAGGUCUAUUGCCUUCUGUUUCCCAGCAUGCACCUAUGGCCCCAUGAGGUGGACCAUAAGAUCAGCUAUCAGAGGAAGAGUAGGCUAGGACCUGGUUUACGAAGGCUCUGAAUGUUAUACUGGCACUACCCACACAUGGACAGCUGCAGCAUUAUAGCCCCUUUCCACGACAUCCCUGAAGGACAGUGGUGAAGGGAAAUCAUCACAAUGGCCAGAUUCGGGCAGUAAACCUGGUAGCAUAUUUUGCCUGAAAAGAGAAAUGGCCAGAUGUGUGACAGUGUAUUGAUUCAUGGGCUGUAACCAAUGAUCUGGCCAAAUGGUCAGGAACUAGAAAGGAGCAUAACUGGAAAAUUGGUGACAAAGAUAUUUAGGGAAGAGGUGUGUGGAUAGACAUCUCUAUAAGGGCAAAAGCAUGUAAAAAUAUUUGUUUUCCUUUGUGAAUGCUCACCCCAGUGUGACCUCAGCAAAAGAAGACUUUAAUAAUCAUGUGGAUAAGAUGACCUGUUCUGUGAAUAGUGGCCCAUCUCCUUCUUUAGCCACCCCUGUCAUUGCCCAUUGGGCUCAUGAAUAGAGUGGCCAUGGUGGCAGGGUUGGCGGUUAUACACAGACUCAGCAACAUGGACUCCCACUCACCAAGGCUGAUCUGGCUAUAGCCACUGUUGAAUGCACACUGUUCCAGCAGCAGAGGCCAACACUGGGUCCCCAACAUGCCAGCAUUCCCUGAGUUGACCAACUUGCCACCUGGUGGCAGGUUGACUAUAUUGGACAAUUUUCAUCAUGGAAGUGACAGUAUUUUGUCCUCACUGGCAAAGAGACAUAUUUUCAAUAUGGAUUUGCCUUCUCAACACAUAAUACUUCUACCAAAACUACCAUCUGUGGACUCAUAGAAUGCCUUUACCACCAUCCUGGAAUUCUGCAGAGCAUUGCCACUGACCACCAAGGAAUACAUUUUACAGUCAAAGAAGUGAGGCAAUGGUCUCAGACUCAUGGAAUUCAGUGGAACUGGAACCGGAAUUCACCAUGUUCCUCACAGCCAGAAGUAGCUAGAUUAAUAGAAAGUUUCAAUUGUCUUUUGAAGACACAGUUACAGCACUAGCUAGGUGCCAAUAGCUUGCAGGGCUAGGCCAAGGUUCUUCAAAAGGCUGUAUAUGGUUUGAAUCAGCAUGUACUACAAGGUACUGCAUCUCCCACAGCUAGGAUUCACAGGUCCAGGAAUCCAGGGGUGGAAGUGGGAAUGGAACCAUUCAGCAUUACCUCCAGUGAUCCACUAGCAAAACUUUUGCUUCCUAUUACUUCAACCUUAUGUUCUGCUCACUUAGAAGAUAGAGUCUUAGUUUCUGAAGGGGAAGGUUUAUACCAGGAAGCACAAUAAUGAUACCACUGAACUGCAAGCUAAGACUUCCCCAUGAUAAUUUUGGUCUCACUAUGCCUCUGAAAAAACAAGCUAAAAAAGGAGUCACAGUGUUGUCAGAGGUGAUUGACCCAGACUAUCAGCAGGAAAUUGGACUACAACUCCACAGUGGAGGAAAAGAAUAUACUUGGAGUGCAGGAGGAGAUAAUGCCUCUUGGCAUUAUCAUGCCCCAUUAUUAAAGUCAAGGGGAAACUACAAGACCCUAAUCUAGGCAGAAUGAUAAAUGGUGCAGACCCAUCAGGAGUGAAAGUAUGGAUCACUCCACCAGGGAAAGAACCAAUGCCUGCUGAGGUACUUGCUGAAGGCCGAGCCAAUACAGAAUGGGCACUAGAAUAAGCUCAUUCUAAAUACCGGUUUCAAACCCAUGAUAGCUACGGAAAUGAGGGUUGUCACUGAACUAUUUCUCUCCAAAUACCGGUUCUAUGUUAUAAUGUUCAAGUUAUCAAAUGUUAGGAACAAGCAUCACCCAGAGACAACUUGUCUUCUAUUCUGGGGAGGGAAUCAGUGCCUUUCUGUUGUACACAGGAUAGUUCUAACAUGUUAGGCAUAAUUAUGAGCUUGUCUUUGCAUCUGGAUGCCAGAUUAAAGAAAUGUGCCUGGUUGCCAAGUUGACAAAGGGUGGAUUGUGAUGGUUUAUGGAUUACGUCAGUUUAGAAAUUGGGUAAAGAGAAGCUUAACUAAUUCCAGCCCCUUGGGCCUAGAAGACCUAACUAAGGGUGGCUCUUGCAUGCCUCACCCUUGGGUGAUUCUUGGCCUGGAUGUUGGAAAAGGGAAGCGAGGAAGGACACUGCUGCUUCUGUUCCUUUGGAGGAGCCCCAGUCUUCACCUGGGAGGUCAUCUCCUGCCUUCUAGGGGACUCUUCCACUUCCAGCCCACAUCCAAAACCCCUCCAGUGUAGACUCUCAGUCUUCUACGGUAGACUCAUCACCCUCUUCAUAUAAACUGCACUCACUUGGGGCACAGCAGUGAGCUCCAGAUCUUCAACUAAAUCCUCAGGUCUCCAGUGUGCAGCCAGACCCUCUGCACUCUUCCUCAUCGGACUCAGCAGGUGUUCACUGUGGUAACAAAAAUUAAUCCAGAUGGGGUGUAAGUGCUGUAAAAUGAUACAAAGCUACCUCUGUGACCCAGCUCAAGUACCGUCCCCCGAUUAUGUGAAUGAAGUAAGCAGUUCCAAGUUGGAUGAAGACCAUACUGUUAAAUUAAAAGGCCAUCUGAGCAGCGAGGUUUUGGUGCAUAACAAUGCCCUGUCCAGUGAGGGCUUGAGGAGAACUGAGAGCAGAGGCAGAGAAGCUGGCCCACAGGAGCCCUGCAGGCCUCAACAAGGAUCAGUCUCUCAGGAGGACAUGGGACAUGGACACUGUGCCAAGCCUGGAGGCACUGCCAAUGGCAUCGUGCCCAGAGCCUCUCCACAGUUCCUCAGGAAUCCCCAACCCAGCUCUUGGGUCAUCACUGCAGAAGACAUUCACCCAUCUCAGCCCUUCCUGGAAGGCAGGGAUACCAGGAGCCAGGACUGUGUGCUUCCCUCCUUGGAAGAGACUCCAGCCAUGGGAAAAGGAGACUGCAGAGCUCCUGCUGAGACAGAGAGUCCAGUCUUGGAAGAACAAGGCCACAGCUUCCUGUUGCCAAUGCCGGAUUACCCUCCACUGUGGGACCUGGCUGCAGACAGCCAUGGGGAGGUGGGGGAUGAGGAUGAAGCGGUGGCAGAAGCCCUUGCAGCAUUAGAAGCAGCUACUGCAGGAGAAGAUGUGGAUGAGGCAGAUUAGCAGGCAGAAGUGCUGUGGCCAGUGAGCCAGUGCCAUGCUGAGUAAGAGGAGAGGCCUGUGCUCCUUGGAAUGCAAGCUGAGCAUUGGCCAGCAAGCCCUAGUGUGGUUUAGGAGUUGUUUACAUCCAGCAUCUGUUCCUAUUCUGGGUGCCUGAGCUGUGCUGCUUCUCCAACAGUUGUAGCCUCACUGCAUCAAUGGGCCCUCACUGCGGACAGGAGAAUGAACAUCAGAGUGAGCUGCUGUGCCCCUGUCCAUGGAACAUGCAGAAACUGAGCACCCUGCUUGCCAACUGUCACAGUCCUUGGAACAUCUGGUACAGAUGGCAAGAGAAUGCUAUCCUGUCCCCACUCCCAAUCCCAAGGAAACACAAUCACUGAGCAUCUGGUUCAACUGUAAAUCCUUUGCCUUGCUUGUGAGAGCCAAAUUUUGUACCAAGCCUAGUAAAGGUAACUCCCCCUUCAAAGUGCCUACCAUAUUCAGGGAGACACCCAGGGAAUUGAUAGCUAACCACUUGUUGGACACCAGUUAGGUUGAGCAGCUUUCAGGAGGACUGGAAGUGAGCAGGAAACAAAUGGUUAGUCCUUAGUGUGAAAGGAAAACACCUGGACCUUAAUGUUUUUUACACUGUGACUUUUUAAAAAUCUCCUUUGUGACUGGGGAGCUUGGGCAAAAUCAUUGUGAAAACUUCUUGUCUCAUAUUUGGGCAUUAAAUUCGUGAGUUUUAGGAACAGGAAAACCAUAUAUGGAUAGUUUUAUGCCAUUAAAAGUCUGAUCCCAAUUAAAAUAUACCAUUUUCUUUGUCUCGGUAUGACUCAGGUGGUUCUGACAUAGCUCCUUGUAGAACUGAGAAGAGUUGAGAUGGUCAAACUUGUAGAGAAAAAAUAUAAACAUGCCAGGUAUUUUAGUUUGCUGUUUUGUAACCUAGGCCCUGAAAUUUCACUGACCUGCAGCAAAUAAUUCAUCUUUUCUCAUUGCCUAUCUGUUAAGUGAAAGCCUAAUAAUAUGUACUGUAAAGAUUCACACACUUGCCUGGGACACAGUAGGCAACCAGAAAUGAUAUCUUAUGAAUUAGAUUUAUAAAGAUUUUUACAACCUCACAACUGAACACUAUAAUAUGGUGAAGUAUUUACACUGCUCUCGUUUCAUUUCAGUACUUAUUCAACAGUUAUAAAACAUGAUUUCAAGUGUUCUAGCAUCUUUAAGGAUGGUGCUCUUACAGAUGCUUAAUAAAAAAUUCACAGCCUGGAGUUGCUUGGUAUUGCAAUGACAAACCAUCUCUAUGUACCUAGUUUCUCAGAGCCCUUCAAAUACAAACUAUUGGCC